CAUACCUUGGUAGUACGGUAGUUCUAGGUAGAGCUUGAACCUUCAAACAAAAGCUUGACUCUGACUCCGAGACAAAGCGAAGCUUCUCUGAGGACUUAUUUGAACGGACUGUUCCAACUCAACAGCAGGUGGGAGUUCCGCUUGAAAAAUGAUCCAGAGACAGGGGGACUUAAGUUUUGGAGUCGUCGUUACUGAUGCCAACGGCCAGCCAUUGCCCGAGUUUGUCCACGAGGGCGUAACAUACAUUGUCUGCAGUGCGGGACAGGAGUUCAGGGUGCAAGUGUCAUGCAAACCUUUGCAGCACCCCGAUCAGACUUUCCAAGCCCGCGUGUAUGUUGACGGGAAUUGCUGUGGGUAUUGUCACGUUCUCGAGCAGCGACAUCCGAGCAAAACAUACAAUGGCUGGUGGCUUGAUCACAAAACAAAGAAAGCCUUUGUUUUCAGCGCACCUCCAGCGAUGGAAGGGGACUUUCAGGGAGUCGCAAACAGUCCUGAGCUUGGUAUGAUCAAGGUUGUUUUUGGGGAGACUGAGGAGUUUUCAUGUCCCGCGUUGGUAGGAGCCGAUUGCUCUCAGUGCAACUUUUUGGGCCAUGGAACAAAGACUGUGACACGUACUGCCCCGGAGGAAGCCACAUCAGUCAAGCAGGCUGAAGGGAAGAAAUUCUUCCUCCAGCCAUCUUUGGGUGCCAAGGCAGGAGCCAGAGUAGACCAGGAGGCCUACACGAGAAGGGAUUAUCACAACAGAGAAAAGCUUGGUGGCAAGAAAUGCACAAUGCAGCUGCGCUUUGAAACAGCCCCCAUUCUUCAGCUCCGGAAGAUCCUGGACCCUUCAAAAGCUGCUCACGUUCAGAUUAUAGCAGCAAGCUCGAAUACCAGGCAACGAGCUGCAGAAAACUCUGUGGCAGGACCGAUGCGACAGGCUGGUGAGAGCAGCACGUCUAACUCUCCUGUACUCAAGAAGGAAGUUGUCAAGAAAGAGAAGAGGCAAGGUCCAAAGUCGACCUUCAUUGAGACGGUGGACUUGACAGAAGACGCGGGUGAAGAUCAAGAUUGUAUGAUGUACACGGUGGCCAAGCGACCAAAGCUGGAGGGUGUGAUGUUACAAAUAGAUUUACUGUUUACACGACUACAGACCUCCCAGAUAUACCUUGGACACUAAGCUGCACCAUACGACAUGGUGCACUGCAAGCGUUGCAUCUAGCGACGAUGCCUACAAAGCGUCUUCUUGUGAUCCUAUAUUGAGUGGACGACCAGAAUCCUAUUGUACAAAAACGGUUUCCCAGGGCGGAUAAAAGGUAGCUUCAAGUAAUCCCCGGCCCAAUUCAAAGUUGAUGGCAGAAUUACGCAGUGUGUCAAGAUUCGUUCAUAAGACCAGGAAAGUCUUUGUGAAAGCCCGCGCUCAAGAAAGUGGCUUACCGCUGUUGCCGGCAA